AGCUACGGUUUUCAGCUGCCUCUGUCCCUACACUUGUGUGCACUGUGACCAGACCCCAAGGCAACCAAACGUCAAAACACAUUGGCUUGCUUAGCUGGCUAGCUAGGCGGCUACCGAUGUCACCACUUAGGGUUUUUUGUUGGCAGUCGCUAAGUUAAGUCUAACCUACUUGCCCUAGCUCUCGACGUAACGCACUCCAGCCGACGCUAGCUAGGUGUGCCAUAUGGCUGAGCUGAGCCUGCGGUCAGAGGUGGACAUACAGAAGCAGAAGUGAAGGAACUGCCCAUCAAUGGCUAUCAACCCCACCCCUAGGCUUGAUGUACUGUGAUAGAGAAGUGAGUGGAGCAGAAAUACUGUAGCCAAUUGCCAUGGAGGACACCCAGCCCAAACCUGUUACCCCGGAGCCGAGCCCUGCACCCAGUCCAGCACCCAGUCCAGCACCCAGUCCAGCACCCAGCCCGCUGCUGGACAGAAUUAUUUUGCCUGCAGCAAACCAUGUGGAGCACCUAAGUGUGAACCAGAUCCAAGUGGUGGUACGGCGCUGUUCCAGUCCAAAUGUCACAGAGGAGACCACCUAUUUUAUUCCACGAAACCCUGUGGUGGAUGCUGGCACCAACACAGACCCGCCAGUGGUCUGCUGCCCUUUGCUCCACAGAUUUUGCCCAUGUCCACCAAGAGGUUUCCUGGCCUCUCUCAUUACUAAAGUCCUAUUGGCAGCUGUUCUCUUUGGAGUGGUGUGGUCCAUCACAGAGAAAGAAUGUCUUCCAGGGGGCAACCUGUUUGGCAUCACAAUCCUCUUCAUCUCUGCACUCAUCGGUGGCAAAUUAGUAUCUUUCAUUCGUCUGCCCAAACUUCCACCGUUCCCACCACUCCUUGGUAUGCUGCUGAUGGGUUUCCUGCUGAGGAACAUCCCAGUGGUAACAGAUGGGGUGUACAUUGACUUCAGAUGGUCGGCAUCACUGAGGAACAUCGCUCUGGCUGUCAUUCUGGUCAGAGCGGGUCUGGGGUUGGAUCCCAUGGCCCUGAAGAAACUAAAAUCUGUGUGUCUGCGUGUAGCAGCUGGGCCCUGCAUCAUAGAGGCUUGCACCACAGCUCUGGUCUCUCACUUCCUCAUGGGCUUGCCCUGGGUGUGGGGCUUCAUCCUUGGCUUCGUGCUGGGCGCUGUCUCUCCGGCGGUGGUGGUUCCCUCCAUGUUACUGCUGCAGAAGGACGGUUACGGCGUGGAGCAGGGCAUCCCCACCCUGCUGAUGGCUGCAGGCAGCUUUGACGACAUUCUUGCCAUCACAGGGUUCACCACAUGCUUAGGCAUGGCCUUUGCCACAGGCUCCACCUGGUACAACCUCUUGAGAGGUGUACUGGAGGUGGCUGGUGGGCUGGUUGCUGGCCUUCUUCUUGGCUUCCUCAUUCAGUACUUUCCUAGUGUUGACCAGAAACAUUUAGUAAUGAAGCGAUCCUUCUUGGUGCUGGGUCUGUCCGUCUUUGCCGUGUUCGGCAGCGGUGUGGCUGGGUUUCCUGGCUCUGGAGGGCUCUGCACCCUGGUGUUGGCAUUCCUGGCUGGCAUCGGCUGGGGGACAGAGAAGGCACGAGUGGAGGAAGUGGUGGGGUGGGCAUGGGAUGUAUUUCAGCCUCUACUCUUCGGACUAAUAGGAGCCGAGAUUCGAAUCUCUGAGUUGGAGGGAGUCACAGUUGGUCUGGGUAUAGCCUCUCUGCUCAUCGCCCUGCUGGUUCGAAUCCUGUUCACCUUUGUCUGUGUGAUGUGUGCGGGCUUUACCAUGAAGGAAAAAGUAUUCAUAGCCCUAGCAUGGAUGCCCAAAGCCACUGUACAGGCGGCUAUAGGCUCCACAGCUUUAGACAUGGCCAGGACAAAAGACGAUAAGGAGCUGCAGAGGUACGGCAUGGACGUGCUGACGGUGGCCGUGCUGGCCAUCCUUCUCACAGCUCCUGUAGGAGCUCUUAUCAUAGGGCUUUCUGGACCUCGCCUGCUCCAAAAACCAAAGAACUCCUGUGGUGAGCGAGUCAAACCCACUUUAUCAGCCUUUUUCUUAGGCACCGCAGCAGGAGGUGAAGAGGACGAUGAAACUCCUAUCACCUAUGAGAGUACCCUCUGACCAUCCACUGAGGGAGGACAUUUUAAGAGACUUCCGGUGUGCUUUCACACCUUGGAUAUUUGAGUUUUCCUUUAGCCACCGAGUGGCUCUCUUUGUCUCUCUAUCUGCCGGUCAGCUCCUGGUGUUUGCCAUGCUGCAGGAACACAUGAAUCACUCUGUAUUUAUAGCCUCAAGGGGUUUCCAGGCCUCAGGCUCCAAACAAAUGACCCACACCUCAGUGUCUGCACUGUCACGCUGUAUGAACAGUAUACAUGGGGUGGUUUUGUUUCGUUUAAUCAGCUUUAUUAGUGUGAGGCAUGGAUAUGGUUUACAUUGUUUGUAAAGGUGGGUAUUAUUCCUGCCUGUCAUAUUCACUGAAUCCACUAUAUGCCCCUUUUUUAUGACUACAUUGGAAAAAACUAUUUACUGUAUUUGGACUUGAAAAUGUGAUAAUGCUGGAUUUUAUUAUAAGCAGUUUCCUUUUGAGGGCUACAUAAUUGAAUGUACUGACAGUGUAUUGUAUUGUUUUAAAUUAGACUAAUUAGUUGACACACGCUUAAGUCUUUAGGUGUUCUGUGCUCAGUACAAUAUUUUUACCCCUUUGUGUUUGUGCGUUUUUUGUUUUAAUAAAAUAUGUAUUAGCUGAGUGUCUUGGUGAUGAGAAGGGUUUGUGUAGUUUACAAAGAAUCAGGAGAAGACAUAAAUAAUACACAAUGCUUUCCUUUGGCUUAUAUACAAUGCUGCUAAAACCCUGCUACACUCACUGUCCACUUUCAAUAUCAUGAAAACAUUAAUGUAAACCCACCUUUUAUAGUUUGAUUAUAAAGGAAAGUAAUUUUUCACAUUUGUUACAUAUUUCUUUUUUAUUACAGAAGUAUGCAGUGUUACUUAAGAUGUUUUUGAUUUGUUUAAAUGUUCUUGUGUAUUAUUAGUUAUUAUUUAUGAUAGAUUUACAUGAUUGAAGCUUAGUUUUUUACCAAAUAUUCUUUGAGCAAUAAAUGAUACAACAUA